AUGCGGCACUUCGACGCCUGGGUCGUCCGAGACCCGUAUUCCAUCUGGCACUACUACUCAACAGGCCAUCGAUGGCAAGAUACCAUUCGAUCGAUGAUCCAAGAGCGCAAGAUCUGCUCGCCGGUCCCGGAAAUCAAGCUCCCGGCAGUGAACCCAUACACCGACGCCCUGAAUUCUCAGCCCAGCUGCGACUUACUGCAACGGCUUCCGCCCGAAAUCCGCCAGAUCAUUUGGGGUUACGUGUUUGGGAAUGAGACCAUCCACCUGGUUAACGUCAAGGACAAGAUUCGGCACGUCCGCUGUGCCUCGACCUCGCCCUCUCUUACCCAUCAUCGCCACUGCUGCCCGCUCACCCCCGCUCGGUGGCGUGUCUACGAUGGGCGCAUUCCAGGACACUCGGACAGUCUCCUCUACCCUCAUACGCAUGAGCUUCUGCCGGACAGGUUGAGCAACAGCGGGGCUGCAUUGCUGCGCACCUGCCGAGCCAUCUACGCCGAGACGGGAGAUUUGCUGUACCGAGACUCGACCUUUGAUGUGGAUGAUCUCUACACUUUCAUUGCGUUUGCGAAAGCCAUUGGGCCCUACCACCUUCGUGCCAUCCGGAGCCUCACCGUCCAAUGGACGCCUAUGUGGCAGCCCCUCACCGGGAAAGACCAUACCUCAUCUAUUUAUUCGCACACGCAUAGCGACGCGCUGUGGACCCAGUUCUGGGACCUCGUCUCCUCCCUUCCAGCUUUGCAGUAUCUCAAUCUCAGUUUCGACCUGGGCCGUUUCACCGGGGCAGUCACGGGCGGGGGCACGGUGGUGGUGGCGGGACAGCGGCUGCCGCUCCUCCUCGCGGAAUCGUGGCUUUUGCCUUUGUUGAAUGUGCGGGGCUUGAAAGGCUUCGAGCUUGCCAUCACUGCGCGCUGUGACUCGGCCGCCAAGGGCGUUAUCGAAGGUGAUCUCGUCCGCGAUGCCGGGGUGUUGAGGGACCAACUGCGGGCUGUGAUGUGCUCUCCUGCAAGUGUUCCCCUUGAGGACAUCAAGGAGCUGGGGUUGGCCAAUGUGACUUGUGCUCUGGAGGCCCUCCGGGAUGAGCCAGUGCGCAGGAGUGGGCCUCGACUGGCCAUCACCGCUGCAUAA